CCCACCAGUUUCAGCUGAAUCUAUCUCCUCUCCCAUUUACUUCACUCUCUCUUCAGUGACUGACUCCGCGACUUCAUCGUCAUAUUCAGGAGGAGAGAAUCGGAGAAGACGAAGACGAAUGAAGCUCAAAGCGAGCAAGCACAGCUCCUCGCUCAAGUCCAAGCUAGGUCUGCCGGCGGUCCUCUUCGCCUGCUCCUUCUUCUUCGUCGCCGGCUUCUUCUUCUCCUCCUUCCUCUCUCAGGAUGCGUCCGGUCUACGGCAGGGACCGCGUAUGCUCGAGUCGGUCAACGAGGAGAGAGCUGUUAUGCCUCGCGGAGAGACCGGAGAUGAUUCCUUCACCACAAUUUCUUUUCAGGUUUUGAGCUGGGUACCACGUGCUCUCUACUUUCCUAAUUUUGCACCAGCGGAGCACUGCCAAAGCGUAAUUGAAAUGGCUAAGAUUGGUCUUAAGCCGUCAACCCUUGCUUUGAGAAAAGGAGAGACAGCGGACAACACGAAGGGUAUCAGAACAAGUUCUGGCAUGUUCAUAAGUGCUUCCGAAGACAAAACUGGGAUCUUGGAUAUAAUUGAGGAAAAAAUUGCGAGAGCUACUAUGCUUCCGAGGACCCAUGGGGAGGCAUUCAAUGUGUUGCGCUAUGAGGUGGGGCAGAGGUAUAAUUCUCACUAUGAUGCGUUCCAUCCUGCUGAAUAUGGCCCGCAAAAGAGCCAAAGGGUAGCCUCUUUUUUGUUGUAUUUAUCCGAUGUCGAGGAAGGUGGAGAAACAAUGUUCCCCUUUGCGCUUGUGCAGGAUGGGGAAAACAUGGACGGGAGCUAUGAUUUCCGAAAGUGUACCGGAUUGAAAGUUAAACCACGCCGAGGGGAUGGACUCCUCUUCUACUCUUUGUUACCGAAUGGUACAAUAGAUCCUACAUCACUUCAUGGUAGCUGCCCCGUAAUCAGAGGGGAAAAGUGGGUGGCAACGAAGUGGCUUAGGGACCAGGAGCAAGAAGAUGAAUAAGAUUUGUCACGUUAAAAGACUAAUUCUCGACAUUUUCAACGUCAAGAAGUUUUGUUCUAUCAAAAGUCCUUAGCCUCUUUAGUCACAUCCACCUGUAACUCCCCGCCGGAUCUUAUAGAAGUAUUUUUUGUAAGAUUGUAUUUAACUUUCUUUUCACCAAUAAGCAAAUUACAUGUUCACUUGAA